AUGCGCGAGGGGAGGCCGAAAAGACAGGAAGAGGGAGAGGGAAAGGAUCGAGAAGGAGUCGAGGCUGAGAGCAGUAGAGGGAGGGACAGGCAGGAGAUGGCCCUUGAGAGGGCAGGGAGACUGAUGAGAGAGAUGCGCGAGGGAGGCCGCAGAGGAGGGCAAGAGACAGGAGGGAGAGGGAAAGGAUGGAGAGGGAGGGCCAAGGGGGGCCAGAGAGAGAGAUGUGGAGAGGGGCGAGAGACAGAGAGGGAGCAGGGAAAGGCAGCGAUGAGGGAGGUUGAGAGACAGGAGAGGAGAGGGAGAGCAGGAGAGGAGAGGGAAGACAGCGAGAUAGCCUUGAGAGGGCCGGGAGAGUCAGGAGAGAGUGCUGAGGAGGCGAUGAGGAGCCGAGAGACAGGAGAGGGGAGGGAAAGGCAAGAGAGGAGGCCUGAUAGACAGAGAGAGGGAGGACGUGCAGAGGCAGGAGAGGAGAGGGACAGGCGGGAGAUGGCCCUUAAGAGCGCCAAGUAG